UGUGUUUGCUCCAGGCUUUCGGCACGAUGUCUGUACUGAAUGAAAACAAGCAGCUCCAGCUGUUCCCCUGGUCGCUCUCUGGCCACUAGUGCUGAGCAGUCCCCUAGCUGCUGUUAUACUGCAUAUCUGCGUCCGAGUACUCGUUUCAUCCAUCGCUCGGCCAGAGUCUGUGGGACAGACCCGGCAGCCGGUGCCCUGUGUGAGGAAUGCUGCCGCGGAUCACGACGGUGAAGAGAGAGCGCGGUAAUUGGUGCCCGCUCAGGAUUUCCACGUUUGAGGGAAUUUUCAACCUAGGCUUUCCUCUUGCCACAACAGUUACCAGCUCAACAGCAACACUAAAUGAUGAUGAUGGGAAUCUUUGCAAAUUGUAUCUUCUGUUUGAAAGUGAAGUACUUACCUCGGCAGCAGAAGAAAAAGCUACAAACUGACAUUAAGGAAAACGGUGGAAAGUUUUCCUUUUCAUUAAAUCCUCAGUGCACACAUGUAAUCUUAGACAAUGCUGAUGUUCUGAGUCAGUACCAGCUGAAUUCUAUCCAAAAGAACCACGUUCAUAUUGCAAACCCAGAUUUUAUAUGGGAAUCUAUCAGAGAAAAGAAACUCUUGGAUGUAAAGAAUUAUGAUCCUAAUAAGCCCCUGGACAUCACACCACCUCCUGAUCAGAAGGCGAGCGGUCCUGAAGUGAAAACAGAAGGUCUGUGCCCGGACAAUGCCACAGAGGAGGAAGACACGGUGGAACUCACUGAGUUUGGUACAGAGAAUGUUGAAAUUCCUCAUCUUCCUCAAGAUUUUGAAGUUGCAAAAUAUAACACCUUGGAGAAAGUGGGAAUGGAGGGAGGCCAGGAAUCUGUGGUUGUGGAACUGCAGUGUUCGCGGGACUCCAGGGACUGUCCUUUCCUGAUAUCCUCACACUUCCUCCUGGGCCUUGGCAUGCAGGUAAUGCUGUUUAUGUUGAUUCCUAUGUGUUUAUUGACCUCUGUUCAUAACUCAUUUUUUGGUGGCGUUUCUAUUUUCUUGUUGCAGUUGCUUUUGGAGGAAGUCAUGAAUUCAAGCACUCUGAGCCAAGAGGUGAGCGAUUUAGUAGAGAUGAUUUGGGCAGAGGCGCUGGGCCACCUGGAACACACGCUUCUCAAGCCAGUGAACAGGAUUAGCCUCAACGAUGUGAGCAAGGCAGAGGGGAUUCUCCUUCUAGUAAAGGCAGCACUGAAAAAUGGAGAAACGGCAGAGCAAUUGCAAAAGAUGAUGACAGAGUUUUACAGACUGAUACCUCACAAAGGCACAACGCCCAAAGAAGUGAACCUGGGACUGUUGGCUAAGAAAGCAGACCUCUGCCAGCUAAUAAGAGACAUGGUUAAUGUCUGUGAAACGAAUUUGUCCAAACCCAACCCACCAUCCCUGGCCAAGUACCGAGCUUUGAGAUGCAAAAUUGAGCAUGUUGAACAAAAUACUGAAGAAUUUCUCAGGGUUAGAAAAGAGGUUUUGCAGAAUCAUCACAGUAAGAGUCCAGUGGAUAUCUUGCAGAUAUUUAGAUUUGGCAUAGUGAAUGAAACCACAGAGUUUUUGAGCAGACUUGGCAAUGUGAGGCCCUUGUUGCAUGGUUCUCCUGUACGAAACAUCGUAGGAAUCUUGUGUCGAGGGUUGCUUUUACCCAAAGCAGUGGAAGAUCGUGGUGUGCAAAGAACAGACAUCGGAAACCUUGGAAGUGGGAUUUAUUUCAGUGAUUCGCUCAGUACAAGUAUCAAGUACUCACACCCGGGAGAGACAGAUGGCACCAGACUCCUGCUCAUUUGUGACGUAGCCCUCGGAAAGUGUAUGGACUUACACAAGAAGGACUUUUCCUUAACUGAAGCACCACCAGGCUACGACAGUGUGCAUGGAGUUUCACAAACAGCCUCUGUCACCACAGACUUUGAGGAUGAUGAAUUUGUUGUCUAUAAAACCAAUCAGGUUAAAAUGAAAUAUAUUAUUAAAUUUUCCAUGCCUGGAGAUCAAAUAAAGGACUUUCAUCCUACUAAUCAUACUGAAUUAGAGGAAUACAGACCUGAGUUUUCAGAUUUUUCAAAGGUUGAAGAUUACCAGUUACCAGAUGCCAAAACUUCCAGCAGCACCAAGGCCGGCCUCCAGGACGCCUCUGGGAACUUGGUUCCUCUGGAGGAUGUCAACAUCAAGGGGAGAAUCAUAGACACUGUAGCCCAGGUCAUUGUUUUUCAGACAUACACAAAUAAAAGUCAUGUGCCCAUUGAGGCAAAAUACAUCUUUCCUUUGGAUGACAAGGCCGCUGUGUGUGGCUUCGAAGCCUUCAUCAAUGGGAAGCACAUAGUUGGAGAGAUUAAAGAGAAGGAAGAAGCCCAGCGAGAGUACCGAGAAGCCGUGACCCAGGGCCAUGGCGCUUACCUGAUGAGUCAGGAUGCUCCGGAUGUUUUUACUGUAAGUGUUGGAAACUUACCCCCUAAGGCUAAGGUUCUUAUAAAAAUUACCUACAUCACAGAACUCAGCAUCCUGGGCACUGUUGGUGUCUUCUUCAUGCCCGCCACCGUAGCGCCCUGGCAACAGGACAAGGCUUUGAAUGAAAACCUUCAGGAUACAGUAGAGAAGAUUUGUAUAAAAGAAAUAGGAACAAAGCAAAGCUUCUCUUUGACUAUGUCUAUUGAGAUGCCGUAUGUGAUUGAAUUCAUUUUCAGUGAUACACAUGAACUGAAACAAAAGGUUAGUGAUUGCAGAAGGGAGUUUGAAACCAGGCUGGGAAACAUAGUGAGACCUUGUCUCUGUGGAUUUUCUCUCCACAUCGGUUUGUCUGAUGCCUAUCUCCCAAGAAUGUGGGUUGAAAAACAUCCAGAAAAACAAAGCGAGGCUUGCAUGCUUGUCUUUCAACCCGAUCUUGAUGUCCACCUCCCUGACCUAGCCAAUGAGAGCGAAGUGAUUAUUUGUCUUGACUGCUCCAGUUCCAUGGAGGGUGUGACAUUUUUGCAAGCCAAGCAAAUUGCCUUGCAUGCGCUGUCCUUGGUGGGUGAGAAGCAAAAAGUAAACAUUAUCCAGUUCGGCACAGGUUACAAGGAGUUAUUUUCGUAUCCUAAGCAUAUCACAAGCAAUAUCGCGGCAACAGAGUUCAUCAUGUCGGCCACACCUACCAUGGGGAACACAGACUUCUGGAAAACGCUCCGAUAUCUUAGCUUAUUGUACCCUGCUCGAGGGUCACGGAACAUUCUCCUGGUAUCUGAUGGGCACCUCCAGGACGAGAGCCUGACGUUGCAGCUGGUGAAGAGGAGCCGCCCCCACACCAGGUUAUUCGCCUGCGGUAUCGGUCCUACAGCAAAUCGUCACAUCCUAAGGAUUUUGUCCCAGUGUGGUGCCGGAGUAUUCGAAUAUUUUAAUGCAAAAUCCAAGCACAGUUGGAGAAAACAGAUAGAAGACCAAAUGACUAGGCUAUGUUCUCCAAGCUGCCACUCUGUCUCGGUCAAAUGGCAGCAACUCAACCCAGAUGCGCCUGAGGCCCUGCAGGCCCCAGCCCAGGUGCCGUCCUUGUUUCGCAAUGAUCGACUCCUUGUCUACGGAUUCAUUCCUCACUGCACACAGGCAACUCUGUGCGCACUAAUUCAAGAGAAAGAAUUUUGUACAAUGGUGUCGACUACUGAGCUUCAGAAGACAACUGGAACUAUGAUCCACAAGCUGGCAGCCCGAGCUCUAAUCAGAGAUUAUGAAGAUGGCAUUCUUCACGAAAAUGAAACCAGUCAUGAGAUGAAGAAACAAACCUUGAAAUCUCUGAUUAUUAAACUCAGUAAAGAAAACUCUCUCAUAACACAAUUUACAAGCUUUGUGGCAGUUGAGAAAAGGGAUGAGAAUGAGUCGCCUUUUCCUGAUAUUCCAAAAGUUUCUGAACUUAUUGCCAAAGAAGAUGUAGACUUCCUGCCCUACAUGAGCUGGCAGGGGGAGCCCCAAGAAGCCGUCACGAACCAGUCUCUUUUAGCAUCCUCUGACUGGCAAGAAGUACGUUCAUCCAAACGGGCUAAAAGAAAAAUGAAAUUAUCUCAGCCAAAAGUUUUUGAAGAUGUUGAAGAGGAUGGCUUAGAUGUACUACCAGCUUUUACAUCAAGUUUGAAAUGUGAAGGUGUGGAAAAGCUGUUGGAUUUAAGUUGGACAGAGUCAUGUAAACCAACAGCAACUGAACCACUAUUUAGGAAAGUCAGUCCACUGGAAACAUCUACUUCUAGCCUUUUUCGUGUUUCUGCUCCAGCCUUUGGUUCCUCUCUUCCCCCGGCUGCCCGCUCUUACAGUCCUGCUUCCAUGCCUUUUGCCUCCCAUGGUCAGGGAGCUGGUUUUGGUUUUGCUCCUCCUCCCAGACAGUUGGCUGCAUCUCUAUUCAGCCAAGGCCCUGUGCCUGGCAGUUGUGCUGACUGGAUCCCACAGUCGGCAUCUCAUCCCACAGGACCUCUCCAGAAAGUACCUUGUGUACCCUUCUGUGGCUUUCCUUUUUCAGGGGGCUCAUUGAGCUCCACACAGCCUGCUCCGCCACCACUUCCUGGAGGCUAUACCCCCAGGCCUUCUGCUGACACCUUCCCUGAGCUAGAUUCUCCCCAGCUUCAUUUCUCUCUUCCUACAGAUCCUGAUCCCAUCAGAGGUUUUGGGUCUUAUCAUCCCUCUGUUUCCUCUCCUUUUCAUUUUCAACCUUCCGCAGCCUCUUUGACUGCCAACCGUAGGGUGCCAAUAGCCCCUGCCUUACCUAAGACUCUUUGCAGUCAGUCCUGGACUACCCCAGUAGAUCUCUGUCUUCUAGAAGAAUCAGUAGGCAGUCUCGAAGAAAGUCAGUGCCCUAACUUUGGUUUUCAAAGUUCUGAAACAGAAAGUCAUGAACUAUCAGAAGUGCUUCUAGACAGCUGCUUUUUACAAAUAAAAUGUGAUACAGCAGAUGACAGUAUCCCAUGCUUUCCGGAAGUAAUAGAGGAGGAUGAAAUAGUGUGCACACAACAAUGGCAGGAUGCUGUGCCUUGGACAGAACUCUUCAGUCUACAGACAGAGGAUGGCUUCUGGAAACUUACACCAGAACUGGGACUUAUAUUAAAUCUUGAUACAAAUGCUUUGCACAGCUUUCUUAAACAAAAAGGCAUUCAAUCUCUGGGUGUAAAAGGAAGAGAACGUCUCCUGGACCUAAUUGCCACAAUGCUGGUACUACAGUUUAUUCGCACCAGGUUGGAAAAAGAGGGAAUAGUGUUCAAAUCACUAAUGAAACUGGAUGACGCUUCUACUUCCAGGAAUAUUCCCUGGGCUUUUGAGGCUAUAAAGAAAGCAAGUGAAUGGGUAAGAAGAACUGAAGGACAGUACCCAUCUAUCUGCCCACGGCUUGAACUGGGGAAAGACUGGGACUCUGCCACCAAGCAGUUGCUGGGACUCCAGCCCAUAAACACCGUGUCCCCUCUUCAUAGAGUCCUUCAUUACAGUCAAGGCUAAAUCAAAUGAAACUGAAUUUUAAACUUUUUGCAUGCUUCUAUGUAGAAAAUAAUAGAAUGAUAAUAGAUACUUAUAAUGAAACUUCAUUAAGGUUUUAUUCAGUGUAGCAAUUACUGUCUUUAAAGUAAGUGGAAGCAGAAUUACUUUAAUCAACUAACAAGCAAUAAUAAAAUGAAACUUAAAAUAUUUCA